AUGGCCAAAGUCGAAUGCUUCUUGAGACCGUUCCGCGGGGGUCGGGACGACCUGAGCGAAUUCUGGGCGAAGUUCUCAGUUGUCGCGGACUUGCAGAAGUGGGACUCGGACGAAAAGAAGAUGGCGAAUCUACCGCUCUAUCUCGAGGGUGAGGCAUUCACCGUGUGGAACGAGAUGGCGGCAGCGGAUAAGAAGAAGCCGGCCGAUGUGAAAGCGAAGCUGACCGCCGCUUUUGGGAUGGCACCGGAUCAAGCAUACUCGAUGUUUACGUCCAGGAUCUUGCGAGGAGACGAGUCGGUGGACAACUUCGCAGCGGACUUGAAGAGGCUUCUCACCUUGUCUGGUGAGCAGGUUGAUGCUGAUGGGAAGAAUAAAAUAGUGAUCGGGCAGUUUCUCUCCGGGCUCCCCUCUCAGUUUGCGAAGGAGCUCCGUAUGAGUGGAAAAACGGACACCAUCGACGAUUGCGUGGAGUACGUCAGGCGGCUUAGAAGCGUGGAACGAUCGAUGAAGCCCGGUGUGGCAGCAGUGAGCUACGGUGCUCUAGACGAUCGGGCUCCAUCAGGCUCUUCCAGGAUGACCGCUGCAGCAGGUGUAGGUCGCGACUCCGCAAGACGUGUCCUGUGUUACAAGUGUGGUCAAGUUGGCCACUUCAAGCGGAACUGCCCUGCGAGCACUAGUAGUAGUAGUGGUACCGGUAGCCACAAGCAAGCCAAACACAGUCAGCUGACGUGUUUAUUCUGCGACGAGGCUGGGCAUAUGAUGAGAGAUUGUUCGGAGUUCAAGGCCUUCAAGCAGAAGAAGCAGCGGGGUGGGAGUGCAGCCGCUGCUCCUGUGCACUCUGGUGAUCAUGGUGACUCCAAGGUGUUAUGCCUGAGCAGUGGAGGUGACAGUCUGCCACGGAUCUUUGUGGACAUCAAACGGUCCGGCGGUCCAAGCAAGCGUGUAGUAGCUGCUGUGGACACCUGUGCAUCCCGCUCCCUUGUAGCUAGCGCCCUGGCAACCGACCUAGCUUUGGAUAUCAGGCCUACGUCAUCGACAAUUAAUGCGAUCGAUGGCAGUCCGGUGGAUGUCCGUGGCGUCGUGGAGUGUACAAUCUCACGGCUGGAUAGUGCUGUGGUUCGCCUACGUGAGACCGAGACUGACAUGCUGGUGGUGGACGACCUGUCUGUCGUGGAGGCUGAUGUGCUGAUUGGAGUUAACAGCAUCGCGACUCUGGGUGGUGUGCAUAUGCAGUAUGACGCAGGAGAACUGGUGGGGGUUGUAUUCGGGACCGUCAGUGCUGCAUGCCCAUUGGUGCUGGCGUCGAGCACCCCAGAUGAGCAUCCGUCACGCCCCGAGUCGGAAGCACGAGCCGUCGCUGAAGACUUUCACCACGCGGACGUGGAGAAGCUCAGCAAUGGCGAUGUUGUGCUGCGGGCAUCAGAUAUGAUCCUCCGGUGGAGUACGGCUGACAAGGCGUGGGAGGUGCAGUGGCAAUGGGCGGACAAGACGGAGCCGACUACGUGCAUCGGGUCAGGCCUUGGAGAGUACCCACGAUCCAAGCUCUCCAAGGAGCAGGAACAGCUAUUUGGAGAUGAGGUUGAAAAAUGGCUCGGCAACGGCUGGCUAGUGAAGCAUGACGUCGAGAAGCAUGGUGAGCCGAGAUGUGUGCUGCCUCUGCUCGCUGCUACGCAGGAGCAUAAGGCAUCAACGCCAGUUCGGCCCUGCCUCGACUACCGGCUCCUCAACCAGAAGCUGACGUCGCACCCUGGCACCGACGCUCCGGCAUGUGGCGAGACGCUACGGAGGUGGCGUCAAGCGGGCGUUCCGCAAGCGUAUCAGCUGCUGGAUAUCAGCAAAGCGUACCUACAGUGCGUGGUGUGGCGUGGCGAAGUGUACGUCCUGGAGCGGAUGGGCUUCGGGCUGUCCGUGGCUCCAAAGGCAAUGGACUUGAUCGUGAAGUGGGCCACGCGUGAUCUCGCUGGCGUAGACAACUACGUGGAUGAUCUCUACGUCCCAGAGCAGCUCGUCGACCGCACCAAGUCGCGGCUCCUGGAGUAUGGCCUGCCAACCAAACCGGCUGAGCCAGCCGUGAGUGCGCGUGUGCUAGGUCUGCAACUUCAGGCUGAUGACGAGGGGAGUGUGUCGUGGACGCGUCGCGAAGGUGUGUCUCUACAGCUACCCGACAAACCAACGAAGCGCGAACUGUUUAGUUGGUGUGGCAGAGUGAUUGGGCACUACCCUGUGUGUGCCUGGCUGCGCCCAUCGUGUUCGUAUGUCAAGCGCCUUGCCUGCACGUCAGAGGUGGCAUGGGAUCAGGCUGUACCGGAUGCUGUCUUGAAGUGUUGCCGCGACAUUGUUCACCGCCUGUGCAAUGAUGAUCCCGUUAGCGGAGUGUGGUACGCUGACCCAACGAUGGGUACGUGGCGAGCGUAUUGUGACGCGUCCAACCUGGCAAUUGCCACGGUGCUCACGCAGGAUGGCAAGGUUGUCGAGGAUGGUUCAUGGUUGCGAGACAAAGCAGACAAGCGUCAUAUCAAUGUGGCGGAGCUCGAGUCGUCUCUGAAGGCGCUGGAUCUGGCCAUCCGGUGGGACGUCAAGAACCUGACCAUCGUGACCGACUCGAAGACGGUUGCUGGUUGGUUGCGCUCGGUCUCGCAGAAUACUCAUCGCGUGAAGGUCGGGGGUCUCCACGAGUCUCUCGUCCGUCUCCGCCUGCAGGUGUUUCAGGACACUGUGGCUGCUGCUGGCAUGACGGUGUCCGUGGAGUGGGUCCCCUCGGAGUCGAACGUUGCAGAUCGGCUCACCCGCGUGCCGACCUCAUGGCCUCCCUGUCGGGAGGAAGCAGGUGAAAUCGCAGCAGCGCUACCAGCAAGCUCUAUGAAGGGGCCAACGUCGAUGCGGUCUAUCCGCGGGUGCCAAGCGGUAGAUGCGGACGUGCAGCUGACGGUGACACAGCUACAGGAUGGAAAGCAAGUGACGAGCCAGCUGUACAAGAAAUCAAAGGGUCAGCUGCGUGUUAUUGAUGGCGUCCUGUACCUCAGUCGUGUGGACCCCGUCGAUGGUGAUGUGAUCGUACCGGUCCUGCCUACUGCACUGCAGAGUGAAGCCGUCGGUGCUGCUCACCGCAACACCGGACAUGGUAACUGGGAGACCAUGUGGGGCAGUCUUCGGAAGUGCUGUCAUUUCCCACAGAUGGCGCAACGCUGCCAGGAAGUCGUCCGAGACUGCGGGACGUGCCGUGCAGCGAACCCGUCGCGAGGAGAGCCCAACCCUCCAGCCGCGAGAAGCGACCUACCAACCAGGCCGUGGGAAGUCAUCCAGAUUGAUACGUUAGAGCUGGGACCCAGCCGCAGUAGUUCCUACCAUUGUGUCCUCGUGUGUGUGGACAUGUUCACACGGUGGGUGGAAGUCGUACCCCUAGCCCGCCAUGAUGGUGUCAGUGUCGCGGAGGCGCUUGUUGGUAUUUGCACCCGGUUUGGCCCACCAAGCGUAAUUCGAUGUGACAACGGCACGGAGUUUGUUAACUGUGUGGUGUCGUCUCUGCUAUCGAUAUUCGGCGUACAUGUGAGGCAUGGAGCUGUGCGCCACCCUCAGAGCCAAGGGGGAGCCGAGCGCUUCAAUCGCACGUUGCUGGGUCUUAUCCGCAAAGUGGUCGAGUACAGCAGCGAUUGGCAGACAGAGCUGAACAUGCUGCUCUACUACUACAGGGUGCGGCCGCACAGUGCUACUGGGAUUUCGCCAUGCGCCGCAAUGAUGGGAUGGGAACCACGCAACCUCCUGGUCGAGCGCGAGGAAGAAGACCUCAGUUUGUCAAGCUGGGUUGAAAGCUUGGCAGAGAAGACGGCACGUGUGCGAGACCUCGUAAACGAAGAGCUCUCUCGGAACGACACAGAGAGCGUGAUCGAAGGAGCAGAGUACAGCGUAGGGGAUGCGGUGCUGUUACGUCGGCCUUCCCGGAGCCGCAAAUGCCUGGCACCGUACGAGCCUGGGUGGCGCAUCGUUCGCGUUGUGUCGCCGUCGACAGUUGUCAUCACCCGGGCUGCUGAUCCACACUCAGCGGAGAAGAUUGUCAACGUGGAGAUCAUCAAGAGGGAUGUCGCCCGUGACUUGGCCCAACCAACAGCGCUGAUGGACGACAGUGCAGCGGCUACAGAUGGUGGUUAUCUGUACCAGCCAGCAUCAGUGCUGCCAGGCCCUGAGCCCAACAUAGGGGAUGGCGGCAUCCGCAUGUCACUGCGGGACAGAUCUGCCAUUAGGCCACCAUGCACAGCGCUAUGGCUCCUGAAACUGUACGUGUGCCGUGUUAUCAGUUUAACUUGGCGCGUGCUUAGUUAG